CUCGGCGCAACCCCUCAUCCUCACUCCAAACAACACUCCCGCCAACCAAACUUCCAGCUUUCGCCCCCCCCUUCCACUCCUCGCGUCCAUCCGGAUCGUAGCCUUGUACACCGUCUUCCACCAGCCACUCCAAAGCGCGCUUGCUAAGCUCCGCCGACCACCUCGCCCCGCUUUCGUCCAUCCGGGUCUACUAGACUUCCUCACCCUUCUCCCUCCCAUCCUUCGCACAGUCAGCCGAUGGCAGCAUUGAGUCGGCACGCAAACCUCAACAUGUUCGCUCCUCCAAAUCCCAACGGUAUGGGUGGUCCCCCGGGUCCUCCGAAUCACAGUCCCUACCACCUCCCGCCACACUACCAUCAGCAGCCCGCGCCGAGACAACGGACCGCAAUUGCCUGCAGGUAUUGUCGGAGGAGAAAGAUCCGAUGCUCUGGAUUCGAGACCUCCCCGGACGGUAGGUGUGCCAACUGUAUGCGGUUCAACCAAGAAUGCGUCUUCACUCCCGUCUCGUCUCAAACCGGCCCGAUACAAGCCUUCGUGCCCGCUCCGCAGUCGGCCCUUGGUCGCCAGACAGUGUACGGACCUCACGGCGCACCAUUACCGCAAGGCUACAUCAUGCAACCUACCCACGACAACGUUCGACUCCCGCUCCCAGCGUCCCAUGACAACCGGUACAACCUUCCGAGCCCCGGCGGCCACGUAAACGGCGAUCCACCAUACAUGUCGCAGGAAGACCGGAGUCAUCAACUACCACCGCCGCUUGGGCACUCUCAGAGCGCCUACGGCAGGAGAAGUUCGGCCGAUGACUAUCAAGGUCAUUAUUCGAAUCAACCUCCCUCCCCUUCGUCCCAUCUUCCAGCUCCCGGUCACACCUUCCCUCCUCCACCUAUGAAUGGAUCUUCUUCGACGUACACGUCAAGUUACGGGCAGGGGCCACCGGCACCAACGCUUUCGCAGGUGCCGGGGAGCUAUUAUCCGCCACCGCCGUCGAGCGCUUCAGCCUCGUCGCAGCGGCCGGAUUCCCCGGGCUCGCAUCGCUCGUCCGGCGAACACCACAGCGUGUCGCCGCAGCCCCACCUGACGUUUCAUCCGCCCAUGCUCCACCCGAGCCAUCGCGAAACGUCUUCAGGCCCGAGCUCGCCCAAUGGGCCGAUCCCGUCGAUGCAGAUUGCAGGUCUCAUCGACACGCCCCAGCCCGGGCCUCCGCUUUCGCAGCACCAAGCACGGUCUGCGGCCGACGGAGACAUGCUAAUGCGUCUCAAUUUCCGGACCGGCCUAUAACUCGGCAGGCUCCGGCACGCAUCGGUGUGUUGCUACUGCACCUUUCAACUACAAUAUUUAACUUUGAUUUCUCCCACUCUCGUUCAAUCCCGAGCACAGACCGUAGAUCGGCAAGUCGGCAGCAAGUAAUCAUCACCGCG